AUGGCAAGGCUAUUAAGUUCAUCUUCCACACUCUUUUCUGUCCUAUUUCAUAUGGGAUUUAUUGUAUUGGCCUCAAAUGUCAAAGCAAGUACCGCUUUUGGCUUCACAAAUAAGACAGACAGACAAGCCUUGCUAGCCAUCAAGGAUCAAAUUCUCGAGGACCCCUACAGGGUCCUUAGCUCAUGGAAUGAUUCUGUCCACUUCUGUAAUUGGCAAGGAGUUAUUUGUAGUCAUCGGCAUCAGAGAGUGACCAUUUUACACUUGUCAUCCAAAAACUUGGUGGGUUCCAUUUCUCCUCAUAUAGGAAACCUUACCUUUCUUAGAGGCAUCUAUCUCGAAAACAACAGCUUCCAUGGCACCAUUCCCCCAGAAAUUGGUCAAUUGUCACGAUUGCAACAGCUUUGGCUUAACAUAAACUCUUUCCAAGGUGAGUUCCCUACCAAUUUGACUUCUUGCUUAAACCUGAGAGUCAUCAACAUAUCCGAAAACAAUCUUGCAGGAAAAAUUCCUAGCAAGCUAGGCUCAUUGUCUAAUCUCUUCAAUUUGAGUCUUUUCAAGAAUCAUUUUACUGGCAAUAUCCCACCUUCACUCGGGUAUCUCUCUGCCCUUCGUAUACUUGAUCUAAACAAAAACAAUCUGGAGGGAAGCAUUCCUUUCGAGUUUGGACAGCUUUUAGACUUACAGAUUCUUCAAUUGUCUAACAACAAUUUGUCCGGUGUCGUUCCUAUCCCACUUUACAAUAUCUCAUCCAUCAAAUUCUUUGUCCUUGCUUCGAACCAAUUACAUGGAAGUCUCCCUCCAGAUUUGGGGUUGACCCUUCCAAUUUUGGAACAAUUUAUUUUGGGAAGUAACCAAUUAUCUGGGACUAUUCCUCCAUCACUAGUCAAUGCUUCAAGAAUUGUAACUAUUGAUAUUGCUAGAAAUGCCUUUACUGGGCCUGUGCCAGUGAAUUUGGGAAGCCUUCUUUAUCUAGAUUGGCUUAACUUUGAAGGUAACACACUUGGAACUAAUCAAGACAACGACUUGAGUUUCAUCAAUUCUUUAGUCAACUGUGCAAAUCUAAGAAGUAUGCUUUUAAGUGGCAACGGUUUCCGAGGUGAACUGCCCAAUUCCAUUGGAAAUUUAUCAACCAAGCUACAACAGUAUAAAUGGAAUCAUCCCAGAGGGGAUUGGGAAUCUCAUUAA